AUGGAGGGGAGCAGAGCGGCCGCGGCCACAGAGCUCACUGUCCUGGCCGUGGCCAUCCUGUGCAUGGUGGCCUUGAUUGCCAACAACUGUCCCGAGGUGGAAACAGUGGGUGUGGAGGGCUCCGACAAGCUCACCAUUCUCUGGGGCUGCCCGGGGAUGCCCGGGGCCAUGGGGCCCAAGGGAGAGACAGGCGCCACUGGAGGGAGAGGAGAACAAGGCCCCUCCGGAGCUCCCGGGAAGACAGGACCACCUGGGUACAAAGGAGACCAAGGGGAGAAGGGCACUCGCGGAGAGAAAGGAGAGCCUUGGGAACCUGAGAAUUGUCAAACAGGACCUCGGAACUGCAAGGAGCUGCUCACCAGCGGGCACUCUCUGAGUGGCUGGCACACCACCUACCUGCCCGACUGCCGGCCCCUGACUGUGCUGUGUGACAUGCACACGGACGGCGAGGGGUGGACCGUUUUCCAGCGGAGGAGCGAUGGCUCCGUGGACUUCUUCCGGGACUGGGCCGCGUACAAGCAGGGCUUCGGCAGCCAGCUGGGGGAGUUCUGGCUGGGGAACGACAACAUCCACGCCCUGACUGCCCAGGGAACCAGUGAGCUCCGGGUAGACCUUGUGGACUUUCAGGGCAACCACCAAUUUGCCAAGUACCAGUCAUUCAAGAUAGCGAACGAGACAGAGAAGUACAAGCUGAUCCUGGGAGAUUUUGUCACGGGCAACGCAGGAGAUUCUCUGACAGCCCACAAGGAUCGGUUCUUCUCCACUAAAGACCAAGACAACGACCUGACUUCUUCAAACUGUGCAGAGCUGUACAAGGGGGCCUGGUGGUACAAUAGUUGUCACUCAUCCAACCUGAACGGCCGCUACCUCCCCAACCAGAGCACCGACCAAAGUAUCACCUGGAGUUCCGGGAAAGGCUCUUAUAGCUACAAGGUGUCGGAGAUGAAGGUGCGGCCCACCUAG